CUACCUCUCUCUCGCACACUCACACUUUACAGGCAUGUAGAACAAUCACAGCCCUCCUGGAGCGCCUGCACGCUCGCUCCACCCUCAGCCCUCGAGGACAGGCACGACCCAGGAGGAGGGGAUACACCAGGGGGAUGGGGGGGAGGCAGCAGCUCGAAUGUAUUUGCACUGGUGCAGCAAGCAGAAGGCAGAGCACAGUGGACAAGCCGGCUCCCAUUGUGGAUUACACCAACGUUAUAAGAGAGACGGACAACUACCCUUGGGGGAGAAGAAACAAAAACAACAACAAAAAAAAUGCUUCCAUGAAGGUGCGGUGACAUUUGUUGUUUAUUUUGCAUCCAACCUGAGUAAUAGCAGAGCCAUCAGACCUGGAUCUACCAUUUCUUUCUUCUGACAACUCUCACACAGUUGCACAGCCAAAGUGGAUUCAACGAAUGGAAAGCAUCAGUGUGCAAACGGACUGGGAUGCUUUAACCCUCUCCUCUCUGGUUGGGAUGGGAAGAAACAACCGCUCUUCCUCUUCUCUGUUUGAGCUCAACAGCCUCAACGGCUCCCGCAGCGGAAGCUCCUUCUUUGGCAUAUUUCCAGAGAAUGGCUCCGACACCACCCCGUACCCGCUACCCCAGCCCAGGGUGAGGGACCAGGGCCUGGCCCAGGCCGAGAUCGCCGUGCUCGGGGUGGUGCUGGCUCUGACCACCCUGGGGAACAGCUUUGUGCUGUGGGUGCUACUCAGGAGGAGGAAGCACAAUGCACCCAUGCACGUGUUCAUGGUCAACUUGUGUGUGGCUGACCUGGUGGUGGCCUUUUUUCAGGUUCUUCCUCAGCUCAUUUGGGACAUCACAGAUAAGUUUCAGGGACCUGAUUUCCUGUGCCGCUCCAUCAAGUACUUGCAGAUAGUGGGAAUGUUUGCGUCCUCCUACAUGAUCGUGGCCAUGACGGUGGACCGACACCAUGCCAUCUGCUGCCCGCUGCAGGCUUACCGUAGCGGGGCGGUAUCCCGCUGGAACACACCAGUCAUGGUGGCUUGGGGCUUGGCGCUUGUCCUCAGCAUACCCCAGGUGUUCAUCUUCUCGCGCUCAGAAGUGAGUCCCGGGGAGUUUGAGUGCUGGGGUCACUUUGCCGAGGUGUGGGGGCUCAAGGCAUACAUCACCUGGAUGACGGUAGCCGUCUUUCUGCUGCCCGCCCUCAUCAUUACCAUCUGUCAGAUAAGAAUCUUCCGGGAGAUCCACAAUAAUAUCUACCUGAAGUCGGAGAGGACGGUGAUGGCUGAGCUGAAGAGGAAAGAAAUCCUCUUCCGCUUCCAAAGCUUUAGGCAGGAAGAGGAACGGACCAGGGAAAGGGGUUGGCGGGCAUCCGGAGGUGGAGGUUGGGCGGGGCUGCACUUGAAGCCCGUGACAAACAAAGCUCACAAAAACACUUACAGUACAAGUCACGUGGGAGACGCCACAGCAAGAACCACACCGCCGCCGGCUCAGCAGCAAGUGAGCAGUCCUGACUGUCAGGAGUCCUGCACAUCCUACGAGGUGGCCUCAGGCUCACCUCGCUGCUCCCUCGAUUAUGCCCCCCAUGACCCCGCCGCCAUGCCGCCACCAAGCAUCACCAAAGCCAUGUCUAAAACAGUCCGAAUGACACUGGUCAUUGUCCUGGUCUACACCGUCUGCUGGUCCCCUUUCUUCAUUGUCCAGCUGUGGGCUGCAUGGGACCCCAACUCUCCCAGUCAAGGAGUGGCCUUCACGAUCCUCAUGCUGCUGGCCAGUCUCAACUCGUGCACGAACCCGUGGAUCUACACAGCCUUCUCCAGCAGCGUGUCCAGAGAGCUGCAACAUCUACUGCACUGUGGCUCACGAGCCGGGCGUCGGGGCUCGCUGCCUGAUGACUCCACCACCACACACACCUCCACCACCAAGGACAGCCAGUACUGACUGACUGAGACAACCUGGGAGAUACGCGUGCUCCCUUGCCUCGUCCUCAGAAGGUAGCCCGCUUCCACCAGAUGUUCCCGACGACAAAUGACAGCUAGUUGUCAGCAGGACCUCCGUCUGCAUUGGGCCCCUCCAUGCAAAGAGAAUUGGAGAGUGUCAGUGGAGGUGUCCGCGCAUGAGGGAAUGCGCAGCGACAGCAUUUGCGAUGUAAGGUGGCCUCGGCUCAGCAUUUAAGUGCCACAAAGAAGUUCUGUCAUUUUAAGAAGAUAAAGAAUGCAAGGUGUGAAUCAUGACGGACGUAAUCUAGGACAAAGGGCAAGCAAGCAGACAGUAGAGACGGCGAGGCUGCUGCUGCAGCGGGACUGGCAACAGAUGGCGGUGUUGGUGGCUGUUCCACAGGAACGCUGUAGUCGAAAUCUAAUAAUGUGAACAAACGUUGUUAAUUCAAAACAAGUGAAUGGGCAACGGCUGUAUUUAUAUUCACCCAAGAGGAACCCGUGGAGUUUCUCAGUCCAACAGAGAGCUGCAAGCAAGCUGGAUGGAGGCUUAUUCAAAAACUGAAACACACAUAGUCACACACUCGGAUACAUUCACCCAAACAAACACGAGUCCCACCAGGCGAGUUAGGCCUGCAAAACGAACAAUUCAGCUUUCCGCAAGCCAGCGGGACACAAUGAUGUGUUUUUAUUACGUGUACACACAGCACGUGAAGUAUACAAAAGGACCUUCCUGACUGUGAAGCCUUUGGCAAUCUGCUGAAGGAACAAGAGGAAACAUUUCAAAAACAUUCCACGUACAAGAACAAACCAGAUGAAACGUAUAUCAAAAUUGAUCACGCACAUUAGACAAGAUGUGCAAUGUAAAUGUUGCCGGAUAUUAUCAUUUAUAUGGUUCUAAAGCUGCUUAACCUGUAUGGAAGAACUCCAGUCAAAGAUAAGCUUGUGGUCUUCUUCACCAGAAAGGACCCUACAAGGCUAUCAGAAGAAACAAAGAAAGUGGAAGCCAUUCAGACAAUGAAAGUAGUCCCAGUUCAAAGCAAGUGUCUGUGAUGGCCAUGGACACCUUUUUUGAUCCCCCCCCCCCCCCCUUGAUUUAUUGUACACACACAACCACACACUCCCCCCCUACACACUCCGCCCUACCCCCUUGGUUUAUCCCGCUGAUGUCAGCCAUGUUAUUCUUGGAGGCGCUAUCACCAGAGGCGGGCUUGUGUGUUGUGUCUCGCCAGCACACCUUCAUUUUUCAACAGUUACUACCUUAUGUCUGCUCAUAAAGUUGGAGUACUGCUCUCUGGUCUUCAACUGCUGACAGACAUCAAGUACACUUAUGAAUGUUUUUUUUCUUUGUUUUUUUUUUGUAAGCUUUGCUACAUAAGCUUCUGAGAAUGCAAAUAGACGCAAGUGUGUAUUAACUGAGAUCACAACAAAGUGUACGGUCACAGGCCACAGCAUUAGGUACACUUGCAAGACCACUCAAUGGCUGUACCUACACUGCAAGUGCCUGAUUCUGAUGCCCCCGCCCUCAACUGGGAUAAUAAAAACCUCAUGUAUUUUUUAAAUUUCAUUCCAUUCACUAAAAUUGUAAUGCCACAAGAGGAAGUUCUACUCACACACUGCUUUAUUCAGCACGUGUGUUGCACACCACACA